GGCUGCAGCUGGGGCCGCCGUCGCUGCCGGUGCUGCUCCGCGGCCGGAGCCCACCAUGGAGCCGGUGACCAAGUGGAGCCCGAAGCAAGUGGUGGACUGGACCAAGGGCCUGGAUGAUUGCCUGCAGCAGUAUGUCCAUAAAUUUGAACGGGAGAAGAUAAAUGGUGAGCAGCUGUUACAGAUUUCCCACCAGGAUCUUGAAGACUUGGGUAUCACGCGAAUUGGACACCAAGAACUUGUUCUAGAGGCUGUGGAUCUCCUGUGUGCGCUGAACUAUGGCCUUGAAACAGACAACAUGAAGAACUUGGUUCUCAAACUGCGAGCAUCAUCCAAUAAUCUGCAGAAUUACAUCAGCAGCCGAAGAAAAAGUUCAAAUUAUGAUGGGAAUACCUCGCGCAAGCCCCCCAAUGAAUUCCUUACUUCAGUGGUAGAGCUUAUUGGUGCUGCUAAAGCCUUGCUUGCAUGGCUGGACAGGGCCCCAUUCACAGGUAUAGCUGACUUUUCCUCAAUGAAGAACAGAAUCAUUCAACUUUGCUUGGAUCUCACUACUACUGUUCAGAAGGAUUGCACUGUGGCUGAUAUGGAAGAUAAAGUUCAAACUGUAUCGAAGACUUUAAAUGGAAUCUGUGAUAAAGCCAUCCGAUCAACUACAGACCCGUUGAUGAGCCAGUGUGCUUGCCUGGAAGAGGUUCAUUUAACUAACAUUAAACCUGGGGAAGGCCUGGGAAUGUACAUCAAAUCAACUUAUGAUGGAUUGCAUGUAAUUACUGGAACUACAGAAAACUCCCCUGCUGAUCGAUCUCAGAAGAUUCAUGCUGGUGAUGAAGUGAUCCAGGUUAAUCGGCAAACUGUGGUGGGAUGGCAACUAAAAAAUCUGGUGGGAAAGUUGCGGGAGAAUCCUGCUGGAGUUAGUCUCCUGCUUAAGAAACGGCCCAGCGGCUCUUUCAAUUUCACUCCUGCUCCGCUGAAGAACCUGCGCUGGAAACCACCCCUGGUGCAGACCAGUCCUCCACCCACUUCAACCCAGUCACCAGAAAGUACCAUGGAUACCUCACUGAAAAAAGAGAAGCCAGCCAUUUUGGAUCUUUAUAUACCACCUCCCCCGGCUGUUCCGUAUUCUCCUCGAGAUGAAAAGGGGAGUUUUGUUUAUGGAGGAGGUAAUAAACCCAGUCAGCCACUACUUGGAUCCAAGGGUGCCGAAUCUCCAAAUUCUUUUCUGGAUCAGGAAAGUCGAAGGCGAAGAUUUACUAUUGCUGAUUCCGAUCAGUUGCCUGGGUAUCCUGUAGAAGCAAAUAUUCUGCCAACCAAGAUGAGGGAAAAAACACAGUCUUAUGGAAAACCUCGUCCUCUAUCAAUGCCUGCUGAUGGGAGCUGGAUAGGAGCUGCAGAACCCUUCUUAAGGCCCCGAGUACCAGGGAGAAAAGGUGAAGAUGUCCUCUGCAGGUACUUCAGUAAUGAAAGAAUACCCCCAAUCAUUGAGGAAAGCCCCUCAUCACAACAUCCCUUUUCAAGGCCAAUGUCUGAAAAGCAGUUAGUGAGAGGAACAGAUUAUAUUCGAGGCAGCAGAUGUUUUAUGAAUACAGACCUCCACAACAGUGCAACAAUUCCUUUUCAAGAGGAAGGUGCUAAAAAAACCUCUGUUACAUCAUCCGCAAAAUCUUCCUCUGCAGAGCCCUCGCUGCUGGUCAGUUGGAUCACGAGACUUAAAUUGUUGACUCAUUGACUAUUGUUCACAGGACUGUUACCAAGUGCCUUUGUUCAUCAGUCACUUAUCUGCUUCUCAGCUUAACCAAUGCCUAAUGACUAAUGUGGUAUUCUAUUCCCGGAGAAUUUUACAUCUUUCCCUUUUCUUUGUGAUUGUUUCAAUGGAUCAGAAAGGGUUUUAUAGUGCUAGGAGAGAAGAAAAGAUAAAGUUCCUCUUCCUGCCCAAAAGUGGAAGGCAUUCAUUCCCUUGGAAAUGAGUAAAAUCCCAGUGAUGCAGAGGCCACGUCUAACCUGAAAUCUGCCUAAUUAUUCAUAAGAAAUCAUUGCAUUGCAGUUACGUCCAGUGGCACUUCAUUUGUCUGUAUGCUCAGAAGCUGUACAAUUGGCUGGGUGUCAGAAUACGUAGAGCACAGCAACAGUUGUGUCCCUCACUCUCUCCUGACCAGGAAAGGCAAGGAGGGAAGCGCUGGCUUGGUACAGCAAGUACUGCAUGAGAUUCAGCAAUGUAAGAAAGAAGUGGUAGUAUUGCUUUUCUUUCUCUGAUAUCCAGAAAAGUCUUAGAAAGCUUAAUCCAACUUGAUUUAUAAUCUUUCAUUGAAAUCACAGUACAAAUAAAGUGCACUGAGCAGCACUGCAGUGGUCAUCCAUAAAGAUACGUGGAUUGCUACAACAGGCCGAGGAAAUGCAUCUGUAGAGGUGGUAAAAGAAUAUAUUUUUUUCCUUAAUUGUUUUAAGAAUGAUUUGCUGUUAACCAAAGUAAUGUUUUAAAGACAGUCCUGUUGGACUUGUGAGAACUUUUACAGUGGUUCAGUUUUUGAAUGAUGUGUUGUUUUUGCAAAAAAUAUGUGCUCUGAUACAUUACAAUUUUAAGACAUCUUGCUAUUUUCUAUAUAGCUGAAGUUUUUACCCCUCCAGAAUUUUAAAGUAGCAUUGGGUAUUUUGGGAGGAAAAUAAAACUUGUUUAAAAAAAACAAUAAAAAUAAGGAUAUUAAAGAGCUAUUUUUCAAAAAUGUACAUAAGGUUGUUAGUAUGCAAACAGUUGUGUUUAAAAUAAUUUAAAUGUUAAAUAUAGUUGUAUAUAUUUUUUACUCUCACACAGAUACAGUUUGUGCCUUCCUGUCUGCAGUACUGGGCAAAAAUCAGUCAAAAGAAAAAGCAAGUCUGUUGUAUUCUCCACCAAUUUCAAGACUAAGUAUUUUCAUAGAUGAUGCAUUGUUAUCAGCCUUUACUCCUUUGAUCUUUUUGAGGAAAAUAAGAAAAAUGAGCAUUUAAUAAAUGGUGGGGAGAGGGGGAAGUUUGGACAGUGGCACUGUGACUAGGGCAGGAGUCCGAUGUGAUAGCAGUAGUAUUAAAAACAUAUCGUCGUUUUGGUUGUGGAGAUGUGAUGUUACUAUGCUGCAGCAAGUUUAUAUAAUUGUGUUGCAGCCCUGCAGAGAUGGAGUAUAAAGCUGGGUUCACUGUUCAUCGCAUUUGAUUGUAACUCACUGGUGAUGUAAGUGGCAGCUGGUUUUGACCUCUUUGAUCAAAGCGCGCUAAUACAGCUGUCUUGUGCAACCUCUGUCCACCCACAAAGGUAGCACUUUGUAGCAGAGACAUGCCAAAGACAACUGCAGUGCAGCUGAGUACUAGAUCGGUUUGGUCCUGCCUCUGAGGACGGGGCUGGAACUGCCAUGCUCUAAGCACAGAGUGCUGUGUUAUAGUAUAGCCCAGCCCCAAACUAGCUGAAUAGCUUUAAAAAGGUGGUGCUAAUCCAGUUCAGUAACUAUGAUUUAAAGUUUGAAAUGUUAUCUAAACAAAAGUGUUAAAAUGAAUAUUUAGCUCAUCUUUAAUAUCUUGUUUUCUGUGAUUUAAAGAUGAAUGGGAAAGGAUACAUCUGGGUGUAUGCAUUCAUGCAUGUAUAUUAACGUGGAAGAAACCGUAGAUGUACUCUUUUUAUUCCUUUAGAUUGCAUCAAGGUACAUUUUCAAGACGCUGAAAAUUCAGGGUCGAUUCCUCUGUUUGGUCAGAUUCUCUUGAAGCUUGUUCUAAUAAUAAUAGACGCUUGCCUUAAUUUAACAGAUAACUUGAAAUCACAGCAGCUAUGAGAAAAGAGCAAUUGUGGAUUUUUAAACACUUGCCACAAAAGCCAUGUCUUUAUCUACUGUCAGUUUAGCGUGUGCUCUAGUAAGCUACCUUGAACUCUUCAUAUUUCUGUCUCCAAGUAUUGCUUGCUGCUCACUGUAGGCUACAGACCUUUUUAUGUAACGUAUGGUAUGUAGGAGUCUUUCUCUGGGAAGCUGACAUUCUACUGGCCAGAGAAAGAGAUUUUUUUUUUUUUCUUCUUGGAAAAUUUCCAUCUGAUAAUCCAAUAUCUGUUCUCAGUAAUGAUAGGCUGUUUUGUGUUGCAGUGUGAAUUACGGAUAGCGAGAUUUGUCCUGCUCUCCUUUGCUUGCUCCCUCUCAUUUGCUCCCUCUGUUUUUUGAAACAUGAGAUAGGUGCAGCUGAAAGACUUAGGGAACAGAAUCUCCUCUGACAUAUACAAACUAGAGCUCUUUGCUUCCUCUGCUGGUGAUAUUGUUUACCAAAAAAAGAAAAAAAAGCAAAUGUAUCAAGCAGACUCAAAAGAACAAUAACAGAUAGCUGUAACUUUAAACACUUAGUAAGGUAAAAUAAACAGUAGACCCCUUUUCCAUUGCCUGUAUAGCUCUCUGACCUAUGUAAGUUGACCUUCCAAAUGUCUGCCUCUUUAAAGAACUGAUCUGACCUUGUUACCAGAAAUAGCUGCUAAGAUGCUGGCUGGAAGAGUCUCCUCUAACAUAAAUUUGUAUCAGCUAUUGUUGGGCUUUAUGGUUAUGCACUUACCACUCAUUCUGAACAUCUGGAUUCAAAGUGAAAAUGAGUUUGACUCAUUUUGCCCUUCUCAUGAGAGGGAGUAAACAAAAGGGCGAAAAUCUACAGAAGACAAAAGCUUGUAAAUUGGGGCAAGCUCAAGGAGAAGUAGCAAUACCCCCUCUAUUGUAUGGAGAGAGGAGGAAGUUUGAAGAACUUGGUAAAAUCUGUAACUCCUCAGCCAUCUGCAGCCCCUGCACUAAGGAGAGUACUACUGCUUCUUAGCCUUUCUCCAGUCAGGACUAUUCAUAAGUGGUAGGGUCAACCCUGUGCCCUUUACUGGUCACAGUCCUUUACCCUGCUCUUUGAAGGAAAGGUGAAGUAAACAGCAUUUAACUCAAGGAGCCCGACUGUUCCCUUCAGGAACUUUCUGAUUGCUGCUCUGCCAAUGCAGAUGUCAUACCAAAGCUGCUCCCUUGAAGCCUCUUGCUAUGUAGAGUAGUUGAUGUGGCUCUGAGAGGUGACUGCAGAGCCAGAGCGUUUCCAGGGUGUAUUCCCAAAUAAUGUGCAAGCGAUUUCCUUAUGAAAGAAGGAAGCAUGUACCCUUGUUUCUUUUUCUCUAUUACAAAACAAUCAUAAUGCUAGAAAGGUCUUUUGAAAAGAACUGUAGAGGUAGGCGGUGGAUCAGGCUGAUUUGGAGACAGGCUCAGUGUUGCCGCUAGAUGACAAUGCAGUUGUUGAAUAAGUUUUUCCAGAUAUGUAUGUCAGUUAAAUCAAGUCCUAUAUUAAGAGCAACAUUGAAGCCCCUCACUUCAAGAACACCAAGUGAGAGGGAAAAUAAAAGUACCAGUGCAGGAAGAGAAAUAAAUGGAAGAUGCAAAGAGCUGGUAGAAAGCACAUCUUUAAUAGUAGGUGUUACGUACGCUGUUCUAAGAAAAGUAUUCUUCUUCAAAUGGCUUGCUUUCCUACAUGACCUCCUUUCCCUAGCAAAGAAUAAAGAUUAAGAACCCAUCCCUCUCUUUCUCUGUGCACAACAUUUAGUAUUAGCUGGCUAGUGUUUAGCAAAUAGCAACGUGGCACAGAUCGCGUACCAGUACUGGUUUGGAAAAGUGCUGCGCUUGGUCUGGAAGAAUGGUUUAAAAUGCAGGAAAGACCAGUAGCAGUGAACAUCACAUUAUUGCUGAGUGUGGGUUAUUUUUCUUUUCUUUAUGAUAACUGCUUCUGCUAGAAAUUCUAAUGUAUGGAGAAGCAUUAAAAAUUCAACUUUUACAGAUCCUUGGUUUUACUUUCUCAUUUGGAGAGGAUGAAAUCUGUUCUGUGUGGAAUGAUUUCUCCUGCAUAUCUGCUUUGCUCACCCCUUUUCUGCCAUCAUAAUUUUAAAAAAGUGAGAGUAAACUUCAGAAAAGUCAGAAUUCCUAAAGAUCACUAUGCAUGUUUUUUGUCCAAGGGCCUAAACUAAACUUGGAAGGUGUAUGAACACUUAGAAUUCUAUGCUGUGUAUAGUGUUUAAAGAGUGAGUAAGGAUGGUCUGUAAUUUAGGAAAAUAAAACAGAGCUAGAAAGAAA